ACAGACACUCAGACACUUCCAGCAUCAUCAGCUGUGCGUGCGGUAGGCGGACCCGGAGCACUCUUCACAUCCCACUUUGGAGAAGAUUACUAGGAUAAUUUACCGGGGAAACACAUGACAGUGAGGCUGUGGAGAGGGAAGGCGCUGGGACGUGUCGCUGGACAGAAGAGGCGAGAAAAGAAGGUCGCGACAGAGCCGAGCUGCGAGCGGAGGCGAAAGCUGCGUGGAGAUAUUUGGAGUUCGAAGAGGGCACCGCUACUUCCCUGAUCCCAGGAGGAAAAUCAAAACAUUGGUUUCAAAGCGCUUACAACUGUCAGGCAUUUACGCUUUUCAAAGGACAGAAUAUUAUUUACCUGAGGAGACAUGAGUGAGGACAAACCAGCUGAGACUGUGGAAAAUUCCUCAGCAGAGGUGAACGCUAUUCCAAAUGGGAAAGGCCAUGAACCUGGAGAGGAGAUCACAGCAUCUGCAAAAACACCUCCUGCAGAAGACUGUGAAAACACUUGUAGCGAAACUGUAGCCAAUAGCACCCAGAACGCUAGUCCUCACAGAACUGAAAACACAGAAGCCAGCCUCCCAGAGAGCCAUGAGUUCUUAUCAGGCACUGAGGACAAGAAAACACCACGCUUCACCGAUUUUGAAGGGAAAACCUCCUUUGGGAUGUCUGUCUUCAACCUGGGCAAUGCUAUCAUGGGAAGUGGAAUUUUAGGACUUGCAUACGCCAUGGCCAACACAGGGGUCGUCCUGUUUCUGUUGCUCCUCACAGUGGUUGCAGUUCUUUCGUCAUAUUCCAUCCAUUUACUUCUAAAGUCAUCUGGUAUUGUAGGUAUUCGUGCGUAUGAGCAGCUCGGCUACAGGGCCUUCGGGACUCCGGGAAAGAUGGCUGCAGGUAUUGCCAUCACGCUCCAGAACAUUGGAGCAAUGUCCAGUUAUCUUUACAUAGUCAAGUAUGAGUUCCCUUUGGUGAUCCAAGCAUUUCUGAAGGUGGACGUGCCUGCAGGUGAAUGGUACCUGAACGGAAACUAUCUGGUCAUUAUCGUCUCUGUGGCAGUGAUAUUACCACUGGCUCUGAUGAAACAGCUAGGAUACCUGGGAUACACCAGUGGAUUUUCACUGAGCUGCAUGGUGUUCUUCCUCGUUUCUGUCAUCUACAAGAAGUUCAACCUCCCUUGUCCGUUUGUGGACUUCACACAUAACAGCACUCUGAGCGUGAUGAACGUCACUGUCAACGACCCCGGUGGGGAGGACAAUCCGGCCUGCAUUCCCAAGAUGGCCAACCUCAAUACACAAACGGCCUACACCAUUCCAAUCCUGGCGUUCGCCUUUGUGUGCCACCCUGAGGUCCUCCCUAUCUACACAGAGCUGCGCAACCCCACUAAGAAAAAGAUGCAGCAUGUGUCCAAUAUUUCCAUUGCAGUCAUGUAUGUCAUGUACUUCCUGGCUGCUCUGUUUGGAUACCUAACGUUUUACGAGGAAGUGGAAGCAGAGCUACUUCACACAUACAGCCGCAUCAACCCUUAUGACACUUUAAUCCUUUGUGUGCGUGUGGCUGUUCUCACUGCUGUCACACUUACAGUACCGAUCGUGCUCUUUCCUGUAAGGAGAGCAAUCCAGCAGAUGAUGUUCCCCAAUAAAACCUUCUACUGGCCUCGUCACAUUGCAAUUGCCAUCACUUUGCUCACGUUCAUCAACCUGCUGGUCAUCUUUGCCCCAAACAUCUUGGGCAUCUUUGGGGUUAUUGGUGCCACGUCUGCCCCCUGUCUCAUCUUCAUUUUCCCUGCUGUCUUCUACAUCCGAAUUGUGCCCAAAGAAGAGGAGCCUUUGCGCUCAGUUCCAAAGAUCCUGGCCGCCUGUUUCGCUGGGAUCGGUUUCCUAUUUAUGAUAAUGAGUCUCAGCUUUAUCAUCAUUGACUGGACAUCGGGCAGCAGUAAAGCGAGCAGUGGUCAUUAGAAACCUACUGUAUUUUUUUCUUCUUCUCUUUUUUCAGCUUUUAUAUUGUUGAUUUGGAUUUUGUGUUGUAAUGUUACUAUUUUGAUGUCCAAUCACUGAUGUUUGAAGACGCCCUUCCUUUUUUCUAAGAGAAUAUCCGCCACAGAGAUGAGAGUUUGGGGGGUGCUGAGUGUCUCUCUCCUCUCUAAGCUCUUUGGUUCUGGUGGAGAUUAAUUGUACUGUACAUCCUACCAAACAGUAACAGUGGAUCCAGGCCAGUAGAAGUGCUUGGGAAGUUUUAACAAUUAAUUUACUGAAGUGCCAGAUGUGUGAUGAUUGACUGUGACACUUGGAGGCUGAGUUUUGUGAGGACAAAGUGGAAAAGCAAAGAUAAAGUGCGCUCCUGUCCUGAAAGGAUCUUUUAAUAUGAAAACUACAAAUUACAUAAAUAUUUUGAUCCGUCUCCUGUUUACCAGCUAAUGUAAAAUGAUUUAUAUAUAUUUUGUAGAAUUUCUGUACUUAGAAUUAAUUAUAUAAUUAUAUUUUUUCCACAGCAGUUGCACUUUAAAAGUGCAAAAGACAAUUAUCGCUACAUUUUGGGCACUACUUUUGCUUAUUACAUGAGAGAACUACAAGCACACUCAUUACUGAGAAUAAAUACGUGGCCAAGUGAUUCAGCUGACAAAGCUCAAAAAUGCAGCCUUUUCCUCAAGGUGUG